UCAUUCUAAAAAACCUUCUGAGAAAAUAACUUGAAAAAUGGGUUAUAUUCUUCAAGCGUUUCCUUUAUUGUAUUUAAAUUUAGGAGGGGAGUUGCUGUACAUAAUAGAACAACGACUCCAAGCUCAGGAUAUUUUGAAAGAAAAAUCUGAAAAAGGUGAGAAGUUUAGAGGAUAUAAAAAUAAUACAAUGCAUUUCUUUAACUUUGAUUUUGAUUACUGUUUUAUCACUGAUAACGACGGACGGGAUUUAGUGUUGAAUGAUUUACUUUCAACAAUGUUGAACCGUCAGUUCCUAAGCGGAAUAUUCCGUCCGGAACGUCUAAAUUCAACAUCCAACUUGAAGAAUUUAAUGGAAAAUAUUGUUCACUCUUCCAUAAUGCGACUCGCUCAAGAUAGCCUCGAUAAACUGUACGAUUUGAUGGCCAUGUCUAUAAAAUUUCAAUUCAUGUCAGCUCCAGACGCACAGUCAUUGUUAUCUAUUACGAUAAACCAUGUGGACAGUUGGAUGCAGCUAUCCGAAGAUCCAGAAAUCCUGCUGCAAAUCCAAUAUUCCAAGGACUUAUUGAUGACGCAUUACGCAAAACUUUCGCCAUGGGCGUGGAUGACGAUUCGACAUGGCUUGCUCAACUACCUGCAACCAUGCAAGACUCGUGUUACCAUAUUCCUAAACCGAGAAUUACAGAGUCAAUCCGGCUAUUUUUAUUUAGAUAACAAGCGCCCUCUUCCGGAGGGUUUCAUUCUGCCUCAACUUGCUCUAGGAAAUUGCAAACCUUACGAUUUUCAGUUCAACGAGUCUAGUAAUCUUGGGAUAAAUAUGUUCAACGAAUCUCAGCGACCACACUUUCGCACAAGCGGAUUCACUUCCCUGCAAAGAAUUAUGGCUAAGCCAACUAUGGAUAAUACUCAACCGAAUAUAGCAAACGUUGGCACCGCAACAGUAGAAGGAAAGGUAGACUCGAUUCAACUGGAGCUCAAGGCGAUUUCACUACCGGAACAAGAAACUCUUCAUGUCGCCGAAGAAACGCUACUAGAUCUGUUUGAUCAAGCCAGUGUAUCUGAUAAAUAAGAAAAUUAUUCUUUCCACGCUUUUUGUUUCUUUAUAGCAAUACAUUGGUUAUUUGAUUUA